UCUGGGCGGGCGGCCCGAAAUAGCCGUGGGGGGCUUCAGUAGCCACGCCGCCUCGGCCGCGACCAGCGAGCCAUGGCGUCGGUCGCCGCGUGGUUGCCCUUCGCUCGCGCCGCCGCGAUCGGCUGGGUGCCCAUCGCCACGCACCCCCUCCCACCCCCACCCGUCCCCAAAGACCGACGGCGGGCAGAAGACGAAAAACUCCUCAUCAACGUCUCCGGAAGACGGUUCGAAACCUGGAGAAACACACUCGAAAAAUACCCCGAUUCCUUGCUGGGAUCCACAGAGAGGGAGUUUUUCUACGAUGAAGACAGCAGGGAAUACUUCUUCGAUAGAGACCCCGAUAUAUUCAGACAUAUACUUAAUUAUUAUAGGACAGGGAAGCUCCAUUAUCCAAAACAUGAAUGCCUCACAGGUUACGAUGAGGAGCUAGCGUUCUUUGGGAUACUACCUGAUGUGAUAGGCGAUUGUUGCUAUGAGGACUAUAGAGAUAGGAAACGUGAGAAUGCCGAACGGCUGAUGGAUGAUAAGCUGAGUGAGGCAGGGGACCAGAGUUUGCCGCAGUUGACGGAUUUGAGGCAGAAGAUGUGGAGGGCGUUCGAGAACCCUCACACGUCGACUGCCGCUUUAGUAUUUUAUUAUGUGACCGGGUUUUUCAUCGCGGUGUCCGUGAUGGCUAACGUGGUUGAGACAGUACCUUGUGGGCAUCGGCCGGGGCGCGCGGGGACUCUCCCGUGCGGGGAGCGAUAUAAGAUUGUGUUCUUUUGCUUGGACACGGCUUGUGUCAUGAUAUUCACGGCUGAAUAUCUUCUCCGCCUGUUUGCAGCGCCGGACCGUUGCAAAUUCGUGCGUUCCGUCAUGUCAAUCAUUGACGUCGUAGCCAUCUUGCCAUAUUACAUUGGCUUGGGGAUCACUGACAACGACGACGUGUCUGGAGCGUUUGUGACCCUCAGGGUGUUCAGGGUGUUCCGUAUCUUCAAGUUCUCCAGGCACUCCCAGGGUCUCAGGAUCCUUGGUUACACCCUGAAGAGCUGUGCCAGCGAGCUGGGUUUCCUGGUGUUCUCGCUGGCCAUGGCCAUCAUCAUCUUCGCCACGGUUAUGUUCUACGCGGAGAAGAAUGAACAAGACACGAAUUUCACUUCCAUUCCUGCUGCCUUCUGGUACACCAUUGUCACCAUGACGACGCUGGGGUACGGCGACAUGGUUCCAGGCACGAUCGCGGGCAAGAUCGUAGGCGGCGUAUGCUCGCUGUCUGGAGUGCUGGUGAUCGCCCUGCCUGUGCCGGUCAUCGUCUCAAACUUCUCGCGGAUCUACCACCAGAACCAGAGAGCUGAUAAAAGGAAGGCGCAGCGGAAAGCCCGCCUCGCCCGUAUCCGCAUCGCCAAGGCGUCUUCCGGCGCAGCCUUCGUCUCCAAGAAGAAAGCCGCCGAGGCUCGCCUGGCUGCGCAGGAGUCUGGCGUCGAGCUGGACGACGCUGGACGAGAUGAAGACAUCUUCGAGUUGCAGCAUCAUCAUCUGCUGCGGUGCUUGGAGCGCACCACGGAUCGCGAGUUCGUGGAGAUGGAGAAUCCAUUCAACGGGGCGGUGAAGCGGCCCGGGUCGCCGUCGCCGCUCGCGUCGCCUGCGCACUCCGGCCGCGCGCCUGCGCUGUUAGCCUGCUGCGCGCGCUGCGGCUGCUGUCCGCAAAAAUACCAGGUACUGCUCUUAGAUUCGAGCAGGAAAGGCAGGAGGGGCACCCGGAGGUACACUGCGACCUCCAGACCGAGCGAUACCUCGGUGUCCGCCGCGGCCAGCGAAGACCCUUUACCACAAGCUUGCGGUAAGUACAUUCCUGCGGGGAGCACCGUCCAGGGGAACCAGACGGGCGUAGCGAUGGACGGCACAUAUUUAGUAGAGGCGUCGUUUUAGGGUCCGUCCACCAGCCAGAUGGAGAGCUACGUAUAGUCCGCACGGACCCCCGUACGGA